ACGGUGAAGCAACAGCUCAGCUAUGUUCAGAGCAGUGUUUGGAAACAAAAGAGAGGGAGGAGGUAAACGUGGAGAGAAAAAGAGCCAGAGACAUCCAGGUGGUGAGGUGCACACUCACAGCACCUUGCAGAGGGGUAGCAGAGGGUGUGCCACACACUUCCAGGAGCAUGAGAGCGGCUACACUGAAAGCCCAGUAAAACGGAACAGACUGACCAAGGGGGUGUCCAUCUCUUUACCAUCCUCGCCUCUCCUCCCUCGCCAGGCCAACAUAGUUCCCUCCCAGUCAUGCAUCAAGUUCCCAGGACGGGUAAAGAAGCUGGAGUAUGUGGAUGGCUCUUCCAGUGCGGGAGAACCUCUUGUCUUUGCCUCGUGCCGUGGCAAGGCAGACCAUAGAGACCUCCACGUGGAGCCCCAGCUGGGCUCCUCCCUUUCUACCCAGGAACUGAUGACCAGACUAUGCUUCUUAUUGGGAGAAGCAACGCCUGGCACUGCUAGCUCUCCUAUGGAGGACAGGAGGGAAAAGAAGUGUGACACCUCUGCCCAGGGGGGGAGUCCUAGCUCCACUCUGACCUGCAGCACUGCCUCCCCUUGUUCAGAGAGCCCCUCUUCCACCCUGAGCACCAGUGCUGGAGGCCAGCCCUUGCCCCAGCCUUUACCCUUACCUUCACCGCACUGCAGCUCCAGCACCAGCCCCAGUGGCACCCUCUCCAGCCCUGUUUCCAGCUCCACCCCCGGUCCUGCUCCUGCUCCUGGACCCAUCACCGGGAGCAGCCCUGGACCUCCUUCUCAAAGCCCCACCUCCACCCUAGAGAGCAAGGAUAGUGGAAUUAUAGCAACCAUCACAAGCUCCUCUGAGAAUGAGGAGCGCAGCACCUCCAGUGAGAUUCUGACUAAGGAUGAAGGCCCGGGGGGCGGUGCUGGAGUAAUGGGCCAUGCAAGUGAGGACCGUCAUACUGGGCCAACCAGGGACAAUCUGACUGCCCAACCAGAUGAGACCUUAUAUAGGACUGACAUAAUGGAGCCCAGGACUCCACCAGCACCGAAAAGACCCCUCCCACAGCACAUACACAGCACUUCCUCCCUUGUGAUGCCCCGUCCUAAUUCUGUGGCAGCAACCAGCUCCACUCGCCUGGAGGAUUUGAGUUAUCUGGACAACCAAAGGGCUGCUGGACACAGGAGCUCCGUCCGCAAACACAACACAGCUGGACGCACAAAUGAUGACUCCAAAGGGAGACUGGUGGCAUUCAGACAAGCUGACAUUAUGCUGAAACCGCUGCUGUUUGAAGUCCCCGGCAUCACCGUAGAAACCCCCUUCGUUGGCCGGGAUUGGCUCUUCACACGUUUGGACGAGGUCCUGAGGAAAACGAGCAGCUGCGAAGGACGAGGCGCUGUCAUUGUGGGUAACGCAGGAUCUGGCAAGACCGCCAUCAUCUGGCGGCUUGUGACGCUCAGCUGUCACGGCAUGCGCACGCCGCAGGGAGGUCCCAGCAUCCCUCACAGCCCCAGCUCCUCCCCUAAAUGUGGGGAUAAGCAGGGUAAAGCAGCCUCCAAACAGCCAGCCGAUUCCCAGCCCAACCAGAGCGCCGUUGCAGGAACAAGUGAUAGCACAGCACAGAGGAAAGAGGCUGUCAGAUGCCUCGCUGCCAAGGUGGUCGCCUACCAUUUCUGUCAGGCUGACAACACCUACACCUGCCUGGUGCCUGAGUUUGUGCACAGCAUCGCCGCCCUGCUGGCCAGAGCUCCACAGCUCGGCCCGUACAGGGAGCUGCUGGUACAAGAGCCCCAUCUACAAAACACGCUCAGCCUACGAUCCUGCGUUCAAGACCCCAUCGCUGCCUUCCGAAAGGGUGUCUUAGAGCCUUUAGCCAGCCUGCGCAAAGAGCGGAGGCUGCCUGAAGAAGACUACAUCAUAUUGGUUGACAGCCUCAAUGAGGCAGAAUUCCAUAAACCAGACUAUGGGGACACCAUUGCCACUUUCAUCACCAAAAUAAUCUCCAAAUUUCCACUCUGGCUUAAGUUGGUGGUCACAGUCAGGACAGGCUUGGUGGAAAUCACCACCCUCCUCCCCUUCUCUGGCAUCUCACUGGACAUCCUGCCAGACAGCAGUGAUCUGGGAGCUGACCUCAGUGACUACAUCCAUCACCGGGUGAGCAGCAGCACCCAGGUUGCCGCUAACGUCACCACGCCAACAGGCUCUGCCCCAGAUCCGCUGCUCCUCAGCAAGUUCAGCAGCCACCUGUCAACACGGAGCCACGGCUCCAUCCUCUACCUUCAGCUGACCCUGGAUCUGUUCCACAAAGGCCACCUGGCUCUGAAAGGAGGAAACUACCUGGUGGUGCCUGUCUCCCUGUCAGAGGUGUACCUGCUGAUGUGUCGUGCGAGCUUUCCGGAUAAAGAGGUCUUUGAACGGAUACUUCCGGUGCUAAAUGUGGCACUGGCAUCUCUGCACCCACUGACUGAUGAACAAAUGUUCAGGGCACUGAAUGCAGGCAGUGUGAGGGGGGAGCUGGAGUGGAAGGACUUCCAGCAGAGAUUAGACAGCCUGGCUGGAUUCAUGGUCAGACGCAGGGAUGGUACACGGAUGCUGUGUCAUCCGUCCUUCAGAGAGUGGCUGGUUUGGAGAGCAGAUGGAGAGAGCACAGACUUUCUCUGUGACCCUAGGAGUGGCCACGCUCUCCUGGCCUUCAUGUUCUCCAGGCAGGAAGGCAAGUUGAACCGGCAGCAGACUAUGGAACUGGGACACCACAUCCUCAAGGCUCACAUAUUCAAGGGUUUGAGUAAGAAGACAGGUGUGUCCUCCAGCGUUCUUCAGGCCAUGUGGGUGAACUGCAGCACAGACAGUUUGUCCGCUGCGCUGGCCUCCCUGAGGAACCUAUAUACACCCAACAUCAAGGUAAGUCGUCUGUUGAUGUUAGGCGGUGCUAGUGUGACCUGGUGCACAGAGGUGGUGGGACACGCCCCCAUCCUGGCUGUCCAUGCCCACCUGGGACACGUGGAGAUGGUGGCUCUGCUGCUUGAAAUGUGUGCUCCUGUAGAUGGGACUACUGACAGCGGCAUGACGCCCCUCUGUCUGGCCGCCGCUGCAGGACACACCGUCAUCGUCAGCCUGCUCUGCAAGAAAGGGGCCAAGGUGGGCCAUGCUGAUAAGAGUGGCCAGUGUGCACUGGUCCACGCCGGGCUGAAGGGCCAUGCAGAAAUCAUCAACAUCUUGCUGGGCCAGGAGUGGGGAGCCGAGGUCCCCGCUGACCCACAGCAGCACCACAGCAAUGAGACUGUGACAGGGAAAACACAGGCGAUGCAGCAGGCGGUUACAGCUGCAGCCAGCAUGGGACACACACAGGUGGUGAAGAGCUUGCUGGACUUGAAAGAUGAACAGCUGGCAGUGCAGAUGGAUGCUCACGACUCUCUCUGGGGAGAAACGGUGCUGAGCGCGGCAGCAGGGAGAGGGAGGAUGGAGAUGUGUGCGUUCCUCCUGGAGCGGGGGGCAGGGCUGGAAAUACCAAACCGCAGGGGAAUGGUCCCACUGCUUAGUGCCGCCAAACAUGGACACACACAGGUUGCUGAGUUGCUGCUGAAGCAAGGCGCAGACAUCAACGUCACAGACAAGCAGGGUCGCACUGCACUGAUGCUGGCCGCCUCUGAGGGCCAUGCAAGCACUGUUGAACUCCUGCUGUCAAAGAGUGCCUCUCUGCCCUCUGCUGAUCAGGAUGGGAUGACUGCACUUAGCUGGGCCUGUCUGAAGGGCCAGAAAGGGGCGGUGCAGCUUCUGGUGGAGGCAGGCGCAGACUUGAACCAACCAGACAGACAGGGACGGACUCCUCUUGAUCUAGCUGCUCUUAAUGGGGAUGCAGAUACAGUGCAUUGCCUGGUGGACCAUGGAGCGGUGCUGGAGAGAUCCGACAACAACGGCAGCAGAGGUUCGGACCGGACGACUGGCUGCCAGAACCCGGCUCUAGUGGCCUCACUGCUUAAGAAAGGAUCCAAGAUGGGCUACAGAACGGCACCGCAUGAUCGAUCAGGUCACGCCACGUGGGCUAUGGCUUCCUCCAAACCAGACAUUCUCCUCAUCCUGCUGCAGAAGCUGAUGGAGGAAGGGAACAUGCUUUACAAGAAGGGACGUAUGAAGGAGGCAGGCCAGCGUUACCAGUAUGCCCUGAGGAAGCUGCCUCGUGAGGGACAAGGAGAAGAGCUGAAAGGACUCAAAGACUUGCGGGUCUCCCUCUAUCUAAACCUUUCCCGCUGCCGCAGGAAAACCAAUGAUUUUGGCAUAGCUGAGGAGUUUGCAACAAAAGCCCUGGAACUCAAACCCAGGUCUUACGAAGCAUAUUAUGCCAGAGCACGGGCCAAGAGGAGUAGCAGGUACAACAACAUUAAAUGGAGUGUAUUAUUUCAAAGUAGGAUCAUUUUGCAAGAAUCAGCAAUGCACUGGGAUGUUAUGUCGCCGUGGUGCUGUAAAUUCAGUCUUUUUAAAGUUCCUUUGUUCGUUUUCUCUGUCCUCCCCAGGCAGUUUGCUGCAGCGCUGGCAGACCUCCACGAAGCAGCACGACUCUGUCCAUCCAACAGGGAGAUCCGGCGCCUGCUGGCAAGGGUAGAGGAGGAAUGCAAACAUCAUCAGAAGGCAUCCAGCAACAACUCGACGCAGGGUUACAACAGGGACCCUCACACCCACCACCAUCAAGGCACAGAGGAGGAGACAGACGUCUAUUCACAGGGAAGCCUGGAGAGGCAAAUCCCUGUGGAGCAGGCCGAUGCAGAGAAGGAGGAGGAGAAGGAGGAGGGUGAGGAGGUGAGCCUGCAAUGUGGGAAAAGCCCAGAAUUUUGGCCUCUGAAUCCAUACGCUCCGAACAGGACUCUCCCUGGAGGUGUGGCCUUUGGUUUGCCAGAUCAGGCGCCAUGUUUCCCUCAAGAGGAGUAUGUACAGAACCAACUGUUUGUGGACAUGCCUGAGCCCGCUCCUGCCAUCAACAGGCAGACCCAAAACCAAGGCAGCAGGACUCAUCACCACUGCCACUCCCUCCAGUCAGGGAGCAGAGUUGGGGCCAGGCCUCUCUCUCUGUGUGGCCCCUCCAGUCCUCUACCAGGCAGACACAUCUCCACUUCCCUGAGGCCUGCACCUGUGCUGGGUAUCGACAUUGGCCCUGGAUCGGCCAAUGAACACUCUGGACACAGCCCCACUGAGCUCUACCACCCCAUGUCCCCCAACAGCUCCUCCCCACCUGGACCUCUCCAGAUGUACCAGCCCCGGUCCUCCAGCUUCUCCAGGGGAUCUGACAGAUUCUCCACCCACUCUGUGGCUCUGGAUGGCCUGGCUCUUGCCCUGGGGUCUGGCAUGGAGGUUAGGAAGGAGAGCGGAGGAGGUGGCACGGCAGGCUCAAGGGGCUCUAGCUCCAGCCAGGCGUCCAGUGGGAAUCUGUCAGACGGUGGCAGGCAGCAGGUGCUGGACACUCCGUGCCCCAUCAAGAGCAGUGGCAGCUUCAAAACAAAACCUGAGCUAAAGCCCCGGCCCUUCAUGGGAGUAAUGGACAAAGCAGUUCGGGUUCAGGGCCAGCAGACCUCUGGACUGGGCAGACAGGGGCAGGGAGGAGGAGGGGAGAGUUUCAGUAUGUCAGUCAUGGAGUUCCAAGGUUUGAACAAUGAGUACAAGCGCGCCUCCUUCCAGGAACAGCUCUCUGGAAGUCAGGCCAACAGCCAGCAGCAGGGCCGGGAGUUUGGAGAGCGGCUGCACCAGCGAGAGGCCAGAGGCACCACAUCCUCGCAGCUACGCUUUCCUGAUGGGAGGCACAGACAGGCGAGCCUAACGAGAGACAACCCGGCUCUGCAUAUGGCUCCCAUCAAACCCAAACGCUCAUUUAUAGAGUCUAACGUCUGAAUAUAGUUUAUCAAAGCACAGAUAACAGGCUGUUUUCAACAAACUAUGUCCCACAUAAGGUAGCAAGGGAGACUGGUUUGAGGACAACUCCCUUCCCUGAGCCUGUUUUGUAGAGUUAUGCUGCUGCACUGCAUUUACAAUCUAGAACCAGUGUUCAACUCAGGCUACUACGCUUUUGCUUACAUGUCUACAGCUACACUAGUGUAUUCAAGAAAACCAGACAUACCUUAAGUAGGGAUUUAAAAAAAUAAGUAGUAUAUUGUCUCAACUUUUAAUUUAUUAUAUCAAAUAUAGAAGUCAGAGAAAGCUUUGUGCACGAAUAUACAAAACCUCAUGCUGUUAGUUGCAGGAUAUGACCAUUUCUAUUGUCAAGUGUCUUUUAAAAAACAUUUAUAUUUGUACGGUGUACACUAUAUUUGCAGAUUAUAUAUUUCCCUGUAAGUGGUUAUCUGUCAGCAUUACAGGCUUCAAAAGAAAAUUACUUUGUGUACUUGAGAUUCUUUUUCUUGGUACAUUUGAUAAAAAAGGCACUGUACAUGACAUUGUUGGAAACUUCUUAUCAUAAUCUAAUAUUGACUUGAUUGCUUCAAUAUUCACAGUAUAUGUUAUUUAUUUUUGCAUAGCAGAGAACAUAUUCAUAUGGAGUGUUUAUUGGUUUAUUUGGACACAGAGAGAGCAUUUACACAGUCAAGGAUAAGAAACCUUAAGAGACUUCUUACAUUGCUGUAUGUCCAUAGUUAUCAUAUAACCUUUUGAGUCAUACUAUGGAUUACAGAAUGUUACCA